CGUCAACUGUCUUUUGUGUACAUGUUUUUAUCACUUCAUUCACAACAACGUAAAAUGAGUGAAAAUAAUGAAAAAGACACUGUGGGUGCGGAUAAUAACAAAUUAUUUGCAGACAAGCAGGCAGAACGUAUGAAAAAAUUAAGAGAUCUUCACAGAUUAAGAAAUGAAGCUCGAACACACAAUCAUCAUGAAGUAGUUGCUGAAGAUGCAAGAAACAAGUUACCAAGCAAUUGGGAAAGUAGAAAACGACGGGCCGAAUGGAUGUUAAACGAUCAAAACGAAAGGGAACAAGCUUUACAAGAUGGAAAAGAUUAUGAUCGACUUAAACUUUUAAAUGUAUCAGCAGUUGAAGCAGAGAGAUUUGACAAAAUGAAGAAAAAGAAAAAUCCAGAUGAAGGUUUCUCCGAUUACGAAGCUGCCUCUGUUCGACAAUAUAACAGAUUAAUAAAAACUAUGGCACCGAAAGACAUGGAGAGAUAUGAAGAUCAAAGGCAAAAAUAUGGAGAUGCUUUCUAUGCAGGACCAAAUACAAUAGUCCAUGGACUUCACCAAGAUAGACCUGAGGCCAUUGAUGGCCUUGUUAAAAGUGUGGAAGAUCAAAUAUCCAAAAGAAGUAAAUAUUCUAGAAGAAGAACACAUAAUGAUGAUGCUGACAUUGAUUACAUUAAUGAAAGAAAUGCUAAAUUUAAUAAGAAAAUGGAUAGAUAUUAUGGUGAACAUACAGCAGAGAUUAAACAGAACUUAGAAAGGGGUACAGCUGUGUAAAUGAAGAUAUUUAUAGACUAAGUAAACAAGAGUAUUUAAGUAGUUUAGUAAUAAAAGGUUCAUAAAUAGAUUUUUAUCUUAUUUGAUAUACUAAUGACUAUGGUUAUAGCAGGGGCAGAAGUUGGAAAGACUCUACACAUAAAUUGACAGGUUUGCGGCGGAUCUAACCGAAGUGGACGUGAUACAUUGGUGUACAAAAUUAUUUUAUAGAUGUUAAUAACAAUAUUGAGUAAAUAGUUUAAUAAAUUGUAAAUAGCUGUUGAAAUUUUGUAGAAUUAUGAUUUGGAUAUUAUAAUACAUGUUUAAUAAUUAUUUAUAGUUGAUAAGUACAUGCGAUUGUCUGGUUCCGCUGGUAACAAUUUAAAAUUACUUAUUCUAUAAAACGACACUGGCAGGUAAACAUUACUGUGAAAUUCCCGAAGUUGUCUGACGUGGUUUGACCCCCUCUCUACAUACCAACUUUUGCCCCUGCUAUAAUACCAAUGUUAGGGUACCUAAAUAGAGUUUAUAUGAUUUUUGAGUAUUAUAAGACAAUUAUGUAUUUUUUAAUUACUAAAAUAUAAAAGAAUCUAUUAUACAUGGUGUCCUGCCAAAUGGAAACCUCCAGAUAUUGGGUAGUUUGAUUAAAAUUUGCUUUCACUUAAAAAUUGGUAACAAAUCGUGCUAACUUCCCAAUAAAUAAAAUUUUUAGCAGGAAUUGGAGAAUAUGAAUUAUUUGAUAAAGACUAAGAACUUUAAUUAUGGUCCAGAAAUCUUAUUUUUUUAAAUAAGCUCUAUAAAGUUGCUGCCUUCAAGUCAGCGUUUCAGAAUACUCCUGCCAACUGGAAACCCCAGAUAUUAGACUUAAUUUUAUGUUGAUUUAACCUAAAUUAUAUUAAUCCGAAAAUGCUUCAAUGGGCAGCUAGAGCUCAUUAAAGUUGGUGCCUUUAAGUCAAUUUUUUACACAUCUAAUAAUACUAAUUGUCGACUUUAAAACAAUUUCCAGUUUACCUCUAUUAAAUUUUGUUGGUAUUAUAAGAAAUUAAUUUCUUAAUCACAAAAAAUGCAAAAAGUUCAAAUUAGAUUUUCUCGAAAACAGUAUGUGUGUCACAGCAAUUUGAAACAAUAGUAAAUUAUUCUUAGAAGGUACCUUACAGUUUACAAAUGAACUCAUCAAAUCUUCAAAAAUUGAAUUAUGAUUUUUUACCACAGAAAAU